GGGCAGGGCGGCCGGCGCUCCCGCCGCUCCUCCCGCUGCCGCCCAGGCGCGGGGCGUGGCCCGGCCGCCCCGGAGGCUCCGCCCCGCCAUGGAGGCUGCGCACCGCGCCGCGCGCCUGGCCGCAUCCUGCGUGCGCCCGCCGCUCCACCCGCGCCGCCGCACGCCCGCCGCGCUGUACGAGCGGGGGCCGCCGCCCCGCGCCGCGCAGGGUGGUUUUGAGUUGAAUUCAAAUACCGACAAAGAGCAAACUGUCUCUCAAAACGGAGACUGUGACGAGUGGAUAGACGUCUCCAAAAUGUGCCAUUCAAAUCAGGAAUAUUACCUGAAGCUAGAAGAGUUGAAGAACGCCCACUUGGAGACCAUGGCAAAAUUAGAAAGUAUGUAUCGGAAUAAACCGCAUUUAAAAGGAACACAACCCCUGGACAAGAAAAAUGCCGCUUCUAAGAGGUGUUGUAGGCCAACUUGGGAGAAGAGCUUGUAUCAGCCUCUAAAUUUGCACAAAUCCUUUUCAGACUCUGACUUAAGUGAUCCCUUAGGCUCAAGCAUAUCUGAUGGGUCUGACAGAGAAUCAGUGUUUGAAGAAGAUGGUAGUGACACUGAAUCAUCUGCAUUUGCUAAGCAACGGAUCGAAAAAAUGUGGGAUGGGUUCUCUGUGGAAGACUACAUCUCCCGCACCAAACACAGCUUACCAAGCUCGCCAGCCUUCAGAAUGAUACGGAAGAAACAGAAAGCAUGGUCACCAAAAGUUACUGUGCCCAGGCCUUUCCAGAUGACUAUCAGAGAAGCUAGAAAAAAAGAACAGAACGUCAAAUCAAAGUCACAGAUUGAAAUAGAAAAGAACUUAUUGAAGAAGCAACUAGAGGAAGAAGCAGAGUGUCAGAAAAAAUUUCGAGCCAAUCCAGUGCCCGCUGCCGUCUUCCUUCCACUCUACCAUGAAAUUGUGCAACAAAAUGAAGAACGCAGGAGGUCCAUGAAAGAGAGAAGCAAACUCAGGCUUUUGGCUUCUCAGAAACCAUUUAAAUUCAUGGAACGAGAGAAGCAAAGGAAUGAAAUCAGGAAAAUGCAGUUAAGAGAUCUUUCCACACCUGAAAAGAAAACAAAACUGUUCAAGGCAAAACCAGUUCCUAAAUGUGUUUACAGUCCAGCUGUUAAUGACAAGCUAAAGGAGGAAGAGCUGUACAGAGAAAUCAGGAUCAGGAUGAGAGCUGAAGAGUUGCUACGUAAUUCAUCUCUACCCAACAGCAGACUGGCUUUAAAAGGUAAUAAUAAGAAGAAACACAAAUGCGUGGAACCAAGGCAAACACAACACAAACCCCAGAUCAAAGCAAGCGUUCCAGAUUUUGAACUACUACACCAGAAAUUUCAGGAACGGCUCCUGCAACAAAAACAAGUGAAACACCUUACAGUCUGUGAACCUUUCAACCUUCGGACUCCAUAUAUUCCCUCAAACAAGGGGAAGAUCUUGAAGGACAUCCAAGAGGAUGAAGAGAAGUUGAAAGAAACACGCUGGCCGUAUGCCUCUCCAAGACGUAAACCGGAAAUGAGACAUUCGAGUGCAAAUUCACCUCUCUCAGGAUUCAGAGAAUAUAAAUUGCCAAAAAUCACAGAAUCCACGAGACGACGGCUGCAAGCCAUAAGGAAUUCACUUGAGGAAAAGAGAAAGCUGGAAGAACAACAUAAAAGGAACAGAACAAAGCAGAAACAAAGAACGAAAAAACUCCAGAAAAUUGUAACAGUUCGGGCUGAGGCCAAUGACCCACAUCAGAGCCUAGCUCAAAUGUCUAAAUCCAAAUUAAAAACAUUAAGGAAUUAUGAGAAACAGAGAAUGCAAGAAUAUUUGCAAGAGUUGCAAGAAAUGGAAGAAAGAGUAAACCAAAGGCCGUUGCUCUUUGAAAGAGUCACUCAGAAAAAUGCCAGAAUAGCAGCAGAAAAGCAUUAUUCUAACAGACUGAGAGCACUGGGGAUAUGCCCAGAGUUUGUUUCAAAGAAAGGACAAACAACUAAAUUGCUACAAUGCUCCAGUUCUGAAGAUUUUAGUAUCUCCACUGAUGCCAGAGAAAGAGUUGUCAAAAAUAAAGUGAAAGAAAAAGAAUCCUUUGAGGAAGCAGCUAACAGCAGUCCUCGGUCUGAGCAGUCCUGUGAGGAGGAGGAAGAGGAGAGAGAGAAGAGGAAAGGCAUCAAAACUUGCACCCGGGAUGGCCAGUCCAGUGAGCUGGAGGGUGAGGAAGAGGCGAGAGCCAGCCCUUCUGCUCAUCAGCCGUGCCAUGCAGAGGAGGCUGGGCCCAGCCCCUCCUCUGACCAGCACCCUGAAGAGGAUGAGGAGAAGGAAGAGGAAGCAAAGGCAGGCAUGUCACUUGGCCAUUCCCAAGAGGAAGAGGAGGAGCAGUCAAGAUCCAGCUCUCAGUCUGACCAGUCACAUGAAGAGGAAGGUCAGUCUGAUGCUGAAGCGGAGGGUGCCUUCAGAUAUGAGGAUGAGGAAUAUGAAAAUUAUGAUUCAGAAGAGAAACCCAGCGAUGACGAAGCUGACUGAGAGGGGGGCAGGCAGGACAGCCUGGGCUCAGGAACCUAUUUCACUGCUGGCAGUGAAACGGACACCAAAGAAAAACUUGGUGCUUCGCUACCGAUACACAAUUCUGUGAAUGUAAACCUCGUAGCUUAACAGUCUUUCCAGCACAGAAAUUGUGUCUAUUUUCCAAUAAGACAGAUCAAGUUACUAAUUUCCACCAAGAAAAGAAUUUACUUUUGUAUUAGUCUUCUUUAUUCUAGUCUUCUGUGACUGCAAUUAGUGUACCUCUGUUCAUAAAAUGAACUGCAACCACUGUUUAAUAACAAUGUCUUGCGUGCUGUGUUGGUAAGUACUCGGGUCUUAUGUCCAGCUCUUUUGACAUGCGGGCAAAGCCAGAUGAGCGUUUGGAGCAGCAGUCUGCCAUUACCAGUGCUUCCCAGUCUCAGGUAUUUCAGUACUCCUGGGGUCUGUUCCUGCAACACCUGGGAUGGCAACGAAUAGACGAGGGUUUGUUGUACAGGCCCUCAGAGUGGUUUUAGCAGAGCAGCUGCUAGGAAGACAACUUGUGCAGUCAGACAAUAUGGCCAAAGCUGAUCUGUUCAGCUCCUCCCUCUUCUUCCCCGGGGGUUUGUCUUCUGCCCGCUUCAGUGAGCUGAAUCGGCUCAGUGAUGGGUCAGCUGAAUGCCAGGGCCAGAAAAGAUCACUGGUUUUGGAGGAAACAAGCUGUUUUAUCAAUUCAGCUACUUCCUCUAACUGAAGUAUUAAAGAGUAUUGCAGUUGCUCUCCCUAUAGUGAAGAAAAUGCCUAGAAUGCACCGAGAGGAGCCACUUAAACUUUCACAAAGAAUUUUAACACUCACAAGUAAGGCAGAGGAGUCAGUCAGCAGAAUAGCAUUUAUGCUGCAGAUCUUGUAUGACUACCUAACCAAACCCCAAAACUGUUCUUUCAACUCCUUUUGUUUUGAAGAGCUCUUCCCGUGGAUCAUGUAAAAUCAUUCUGCAUAACAUAAUAACAAACGCUGACGUUAAUAUUCAAAUUUCUUUAUUGAGACAGUAAACAUACACUGUAAAGAGAGAAUCUUAAUACACCAGGGGAAAAUGCAGCCCAAGCAGCUCUAGUUGCAUGGAAGUAUGGAAAUAAGUGCUUUAGUACCUUUUCUUACACACUUGCUACUCAGGACUUAGCUGCUACACAACAAAGAAUGAAAAUAGAAGGGUUUUGUUUUUUUCUUCUUUAUGAUAGUAGCACCUUCUCCUCCUAUGACUAGCUUUCUUGCUACCCUGUCAUAUGCAGUGUUAGGAAAGAAUGCAUCCACAUAAUACCAGACCACAAACAAGGAUUGCAAGCAAGCCUCGUCAGGACAGAGUAUAACGCAGCAUUGCACAGGUGCUCAGAACCUGUUCACUGAAUAGUAAAUGCAUUUGUUAACACUACCAGGUUUGAAAAAGCAUCUGCAAUGACUAACAACAGGGAUUAUUUUUUAUUUUCUUCCUUGCUGCAUGCAAGAGCAUUAGCUAAAUCUGUUAUUAUUUCCUCCUCCUGACUUUGAGAAACUGUGUAACAAUGUUUGGAAUUUUUUAAACGUUAUUACUUUUAUUUAUUUUUGAAGUGUGAGCAUAAUUAUUGUGAAUGUGAAACAUUUUUUUACUUAAAUAAAAUAUACAUUAUAUACAUGUCAUAAAUGAAAAUAUGAAUCAUUACUUCAUAAGGAAAAUAGCUGUUUACAAUCUCUAGUUAUACCUGACAGCCCCACAAUACAAACUUGAGGUUGGUUUGCUUGUCUUUGUCCGUGUUCUGUAAUUCUGUACAAUAUGUUAUUGAAUUCACAGUUACGUAUUACUGAUUCUUGUCUCUAUGGGAAAUCAGGUUUUUUUGAAAGAAGGCAGAGGAGCUCUAAAUAAUGGGUUGGGGUUUUUUUUCAAACAUUACUUGAAGAUUUUUUUCCUCAGAAAAAAGAUCAAGUUUCUAAGAUCUGACAGCACUCAACUAAGUGUUGUAAAAGAAUAAAUAUGUAAUUGUUGAACUGUUAAUACAGAGACUGAAAACAUUACUAGGACUCCUUUGAACUGGAAGUAACAACAAAUGCCCUUUUUUUUUUUAAAGGUUUUAGGAGGAGUUAGGGACCUAUGUAUAACUUAGAUUGGGUUUUUCACCAAUUUUUUACUAUAUUAACCUUAACAAUAACCAAAUUAAUGAACACUGAUAAAUAUGAUACAACAAGGA